AUGGGAAAACCGAAAGGUAUUCGUACAGCUCGGAAAUUAAAAACUCAUCGGCAAGCCCAACGUUGGAAUGAUAAAGGUUAUAAGAAAGCACAUUUAGGAACUCGCUGGAAAGCAAAUCCGUUCGGUGCUGCAUCGCAUGCGAAGGGUAUUGUUCUUGAAAAAGUUGGUGUUGAAGCCAAACAGCCAAAUUCCGCUAUUCGUAAAUGUGUCCGUGUUCAGCUCAUUAAAAAUGGCAAAAAAAUUACAGCAUUUGUCCCUAAUGAUGGCUGCUUGAACUUUAUUGAGGAAAAUGAUGAAGUCCUUGUUGCUGGUUUUGGUCGAAAAGGACAUGCUGUUGGCGAUAUACCCGGUGUACGUUUCAAGAUUGUUAAAGUUGCAAAUACCUCAUUGAUUGCCUUGUUUAAAGGAAAAAAAGAAAGACCUCGAUCGUAA